AUGCCUUUAAUCCCCAUCCUACCACUUCUCCCCCUUCAUGCCGGCAAAGUUACAAGCUUCUUGGGUCUACGCUCCAACUUCAAAGUUGAAACGAACCAAAUGAUCCGGUCCAUCCCUCUUCACUUCUCGUCAUAUCCGUCUUUUUGGGGGGGUUCGUCAACCAGUCAGCUGUGUAUUGAGUCUCUGGAUCCCGCUGCCAUAUGGUCUGCGUGUUUCUAUGGCUUGUCAUUCGUCAGCCACCACAUGACGUUCACGUCUGGCUUACAGCCGCAUCAUGUGCCGCUCCUUUGUUCAAAUGAGACCCUGGAACUAACAUUGAACAAGGCAUUUCUAGCAUUCUUCGGCUUCCCAAUCAACGUUCGACCAAGUCAUGCUCACUACCCCUCGAAAACUCGAUGCACGCAAGCUCGCACGCGAACCGCGCUACCACCUUACGGACUAAUCACUUCUCAUCUCCAUCAACCCCUCCAAAAUCCAAUACCAAUUCCCCUUGUCGCAGAAAGAGAAGGGGAAAAGGGGCAUUUCGUGACGCUGCCAAUUUCGACAUGA